AUGUGUGCCGCUUUUUGUGGGCUGGAAGCUGGUUCCACUGCUGCUGUGUGCGGGGGGCAUGGCUACUGCUAUGUGAAUGAGUUCACUGCAGCAGGGGAGUGUGUGUGCGACCUCAACUACAUGCUCAACAGCACCAACAUCAAUGCCUGUGUCCCCGGAGCUGUUGGGGGGUCUUUGGCAUCAGGCUCGGCCUAUGUGUCGCUGCAGGGCGCAGCCGCUGUGCUUUCCAACGGCUCCAUUCUUCUCACAGGAGGAGCGCCCAACCAGCAGGGAGCAGCGUUUGCCUCUCCCGCGCUGCGCCUCUUCUACUUCCCCAACAAGCGCUCCCUCUGCGGGAUUGAGCUCGCAUUCACCGCUGCCUUCAGCUUUGCCAUGCGUCCACCGGGCCAGGGGGCAGGUGGGGAGGGGCUUGCGUUUGUGGUGGCAGCAGCUGCUCCUGGCAAGGGGGCUAGUGUGGGGCUGGGAGGGAUGGGGAAGCGGAGUGUGGCGGUGGAGUUUGACUCGGUGCUGAGUGUGAAGCACAGCGACCCCAACGACAACCACAUGGGCGUCAAUGUGGGCGGCUCACCUGUGUCCCUCGCCUCUGCCACGGCCCCUCUCAUCCUCAACGACGCCCACACCAAGCACGCCUGGAUCCACUACGACCCCACCAGCGGCGGCACCCUCCGAGUCUACCUCUCCCCCAACCCCCAGCAGCCCUUCGGUCCUUUCCUCACAGCAAGCGUGUCUCUCUGCUCUGCUCUCAAGCCCACUGCAUCCGACUCCCUCUUCCUCUUCGGCUUUGUUGCCCUCUCAGGCAACCAGCCCCAGAGGCACACCAUUGUUUCCUGGAACUUCACAACAGGUACAUUGUUUUCCUCCAGUUGA